AUUUCACCUAUUUAAUAUUAUCUCUCUUUUGGCUUCUGCCAUUCUUCCUGUCUUCCUUUCUUGGAGUGUGGAGACCGGAGAGUGUGAAGAGGUGGCAGUGUUUUGCUUGCUGCUGAAGACAGCUAGGCAGCAAAUGGGUUGAGAAGGCAUGAAGAGCUGAACACGAAGGAAACAAGAAAUAAAAAGCAGAGCUUGCAGAAGAUUCGCCUGAGCACCGAGGAGAGAGAAAGCGAGGGAAGGGCAAGGGGACAUUUUGAUGUGCUUGCGUGCUUUUUUAGCCAUCUGGGGAACGCUUCAUGACUCCUUUCCCAGUCUUUUGUUCCACCGCUGGUGGAGAGUCGCGCCGUCUGCUACUUCUUCCCUCUCUUCUCUUUUUCUUGUAGAAUCUUCUGGUGGGACUGCGACUGCUGUUCUUCGCCUUUUGGCUGGUGAAAGAUUGGAUCUUGACGCUUAAAUCCUUUAGAUCUUGAAGUUUGCCGAGAAAUCUUUUGAGAGAGGUUGCUUCUUUUGGUCGUGGUAUGAAUGUGUGUUGGGGGAGUGAGGUUUAAGGGCGUUUAUAGCGUUCUUGAAGUAGGUUUUUGAGGAAGAAUCGAAGGGAGAAGAGGAGAGACAUGGCCGGACCAGCGCCGCCACCGAAGCAGGAGGAGUUGGUGCCGCACCCCGUGAAGGACCAGUUGCCCAAUGUUUCCUUCUGCAUCACUAGUCCUCCUCCUUGGCCUGAAGCUAUUCUUCUUGGUUUCCAACAUUACCUGGUCGUUCUGGGAACCACUGUUCUCAUCCCCACUGCGCUUGUUCCUCAGAUGGGGGGAGGAAAUGAUGAGAAAGCGAGGGUGGUCCAGACAUUGCUGUUUCUGGCUGGUAUUAACACUCUUCUCCAAACCUACUUCGGUACUUGCUUGCCAGCCGUGAUGGGAGGGUCGUAUACUUUCGUAGCUCCUACCAUAUCAAUCAUCUUAGCUGGGCGUUACAGCAAUAUCGUGGAUCCUCAUGAGAAAUUCCUGCAUAUCAUGCGUGGGACACAGGGUGCACUAAUUGUCGCUUCGACGCUUCAAAUUAUUAUUGGUUUCAGCGGUCUUUGGCGUAAUGUGACGAGAUAUUUAAGUCCCCUGUCAGCGGUUCCUCUGGUUGCACUAGCUGGGUUUGGGCUCUAUGAGCUUGGAUUUCCUGGGGUUGCCAAAUGUGUUGAGGUUGGCCUACCAGUGAUUAUCCUGUUAGUGACAUUUUCACAGUACGUUCCUCAUGCUAUACAUUCGGAGAGGUCCGUAUUUGAUAGAUUUGCUGUCAUAUUUUCAAUUACAAUUGUGUGGCUAUAUGCAUACCUGCUUACAGUUGGUGGGGCAUACAGGCAUGCCCCACCAAAGACACAAUUGCAUUGCCGUACUGAUCGUUCUGGACUUGUUGGUGGGGCUCCCUGGAUAAGAGUUCCAUAUCCCUUUCAAUGGGGAGCACCAACUUUUGAUGCUGGUGAAGCUUUUGCAAUGAUGGCAGCUUCAUUUGUGGCCCUUGUAGAGUCUACUGGCACUUUUACGGCAGUCGCGAGGUAUGCAAGUGCUACACCAGUGCCUCCUUCAGUUCUCAGUCGAGGCAUUGGCUGGCAGGGUAUUGCUAUCUUGUUGGAUGGAUUAUUUGGAACAGCAAAUGGUACAUCAGUGUCAGUUGAAAAUGCUGGCUUACUGGCUUUGACACGUGUUGGCAGCCGGAGAGUUGUGCAAAUAUCUGCAGGAUUCAUGAUUUUCUUUUCCAUUCUUGGGAAAUUUGGAGCAGUUUUUGCAUCCAUUCCUGCACCAAUUUUUGCGGCUCUUUACUGUCUUCUUUUCGCAUAUGUUGGUGCUGGUGGUCUUAGUUUCCUUCAGUUCUGCAAUCUUAACAGCUUCCGUACUAAAUUCAUCCUAGGAUUCUCUUUUUUCAUGGGGUUGUCAGUUCCGCAGUACUUCAAUGAAUACACUUCUGUUGCCGGAUAUGGUCCAGUCCACACCGGAGCAAGAUGGUUCAACGAUAUCAUUAAUGUGAUAUUCUCUUCGAAGCCAUUUGUCGCGGGGUUUGUGGCAUUUUUCUUGGACAAUAGUCUCCAUAGGCAUGACAGCGCUGUAAGAAAGGACAGGGGGCUUCAUUGGUGGCACAAGUUCCGAUCCUACAAGGGGGAUCCGAGAAGUGAGGAAUUCUACCGGCUGCCACUAAAUCUCAAUAAGUUCUUUCCAGCAGAUUGAGCUCUAUAAAUGUGACAACAUUUGCAGUGCAUCUCACUUUGUCCUUUUAGAGAGUUCUUGGAUCAUCUUGUAGUGGAUCUCUCUUUGUUUCUCGGCCCAAGAGAAACCUUAAACUAUUAAUGUGUUCUGAUGAAUUUGUCUGUUAAA